AUCAUGCUUACUUAUUUUAUCUAUGGAAAACCUCUGGUAUCAUCACGGUCAUGGACGGAACAAGAAGAAUGCUUCCGCAGUCAAUUCUGGAAAACUUCCCCUUUGAGUUAAACCCAACCUUGUACUUGUCUCUCUCUCUGUUCAUAAUCCCCAUCCUUGUGCUGAAGCUGACAAGAACAAGAAGAAACAAAUUGAAUCUGCCUCCAUCCCCCCCUGGGUUUCCAUUCAUAGGCAAUCUUCAUCAGAUUGGGACUCUGCCUCAUCGUUCUCUCAAAGCUCUCUCACAAAAGUAUGGCCCUCUCAUGUUUCUCCACUUGGGUCAAAAGCCAACUCUUGUGGUUUCUUCUGCACACAUGGCCAGAGAAAUAACUAAAUCCCACGAUGUUGUUUUCUCAGAUAGGCCUCAAACCACAGCUGCAAAAAUCAUUCUCUACGGAUGCAAGGAUCUGGGUUUCUUGCCCUACGGUGAAGAAUGGAGGCUUAAGAGGAAAAUAUGCGUUCUUGAACUUCUCAGCCCAAAAAGGGUUCAAUUCUUUCAGUUCGUCGUAAGGGAGGAAGUUGCAGAUAUGAUCAGUAAGAUUCGUGAAGCAUGCGCAGAUGGUGAUAACAAAGGGUCUUGUGUGAAUAUGUCUGAUAUGAUUGUUGCAGCUGCAAACAAUAUAGUUUGCAAAUGUCUUCUUGGACAGAAGUUUCAGUCAGCAGAUGGGAAGAGAAGCUUUGGAGACUUGGCAGCACAGAUUAGUGCUCACACUAUAGCUUUCAGUUUUGGAGACUUCUUCCCUUCAUUGAGAUGGAUGGAUGCUGUUACUGGAUUAAUUUCAAGGAUGAACGCCACAUUUAGAGAAGUUGAUGCUUUCUUCGAUGAGGUGAUUGAUCAACACAAGGCAGCUAGAAGAAAUGAAGAUGAGGAUGGCAAAUCAGAAAAGAAAGACUUCGUUGAUAUUCUUCAGCAACUUCAACAAGAUGGUCAACUUGACUUUGAGCUUACCCAAUUUGACCUCAAAGCAACGAUAGUGGAUUUGUUCCUGGGAGGAAGUGACCCUACGGCGACAGCUCUGGAAUGGGCAUUUGCAGAGCUGGUGAAGAAUCCAAGAAUUAUGAUGAAAGCUCAAGAAGAGGUAAGAAGAGUGGUCGGAAAUAAGCCAAAAGUGGAAGACAGUGAUGUGGGACAAAUGAAGUACUUGGAAUGUGUACUGAAAGAAACUUUAAGAUUGCAUCCUCCUGUUCCUCUUUUGAUUCCAAGGGCCACAAGAUCGAGUGUGACACUGGGAGGAUACCAUAUUCCUGCAAAAACAAGUGUGUUUGUGAAUGCAUGGGCAAUUCAGAGAGACCCAGAAUUCUGGGAAAGACCAGAAGAGUUUGCUCCAGAGAGAUUUGAGAAUGAUCAAGUUGAUUUCAGAGGGCAAGACUUUCAGUUUAUUCCAUUUGGAAGUGGAAGAAGGGGAUGCCCAGGAGUUUCAUUUGGAUUUGCAUCACUGGAGUAUUUGUUAGCUAAUCUUCUGUAUUGGUUUGACUGGAAGCUGCCUGAAACAUGUAAAUCUGCUGGAGACAUGGAUAUGAGUGAGGCAUAUGGAAUUACUUGCAGAAAGAAAGUACCAAUUUGUGUGCAACCAAUGCUGUACUCCAUUAGAUCUAAGUUUUGAAGGUAUGCUCUGCGUUGGCCAAAAAAAAACAAGGAAGAAAGUAGGUAUGCUUUGUUUUGUUGAAGCUUGAAUGUUGGAGUACAUGUUUAAGGACUAUACAGUUGCGAUUGUCAAAGACAUUUUCCACAGGGGGAAUGGUAGGUUCCGCUUAAUCAUGUUUACAAAGAUUAUAACACUGCAGUCCACAGCUGAUUAUCUAAAUAACAUGUCUCGUAGUCUUAAUAGCAAUUAUUGUCAACCUCCACCUUUUGUCAAGAGCCUAAAGGGGAUGACAAAUAUUUGGUUCUAGUAAGAUAUCUUACAUGUUGUAAUCCCUUAUCGAUGGUCUAU